AUGCUAGUUGUGGGACGGCUGGCGGGAGAAGGGGCGCGGAAGCUGCACUGGAGCAACGCAAUCCUGGAGUCCCUCGACGGGGAGCCUCCCUUGCAGCUCCUCUGUCUCGAGGCCGCCAUGCUGCAGCAGCAGCAGCAACUGCAGCAGUGGGGUAUCUCACGGCUCCGCAGACAUACAAACGCCCCAGAUGCACUGUUGUACCCAGGGAUGGUCGUUGCUGUCAAGGGACGCCUCCAGCAGGCAAGAAGCAACACUCCCACGCUGCUGCUGCCGUUGCUGUUGUUACCGCUGCUGCUGCUGUUGCCUACGGAGAUAACAGCAGACUAUUGCUCAUGCGACAACUACGGACAGCAGUUCCUUGUAUCCGCAUUCCAGUGCGGCGUUCCUGUGCGGUCCCCAUCGCUUUCUCGGUCUCUCCGUCAGUGCAUUCAUGCAGUGCCUUUAGACCCAACAAACCCAAGUCGAACGCUCACCACUACGUUGCAAAGCCCCUCUCCCCAAGGGGAGCAGCAGCAACAACAGCAGCAGCAGCAGCAACAACAGCAGCAGCAGCAACAGCAGGAGCAGCAGGUGUUGGACGUGAUGAGCUGUUACAGAAAUCAGAAUGUGCACAUCCUCAUCUCUAGAGGCUCCUUUGUGGUCCCCAGCACGAAUGGGGGCUGGCGGCUUAGACGCGAGGCCUUGAAGUGUCUGUUGGAGGCUAUAAAGGAGAAGGUGCCACACUUAGCGGUCAUCUGCGGGCCCAUCAUAUCUUCUUUGAACCUACAGCAGCCGCUUCCUGCGUCUGCCUCCUCUUCUGUCCCUUCUGCCGUCUCCCCCGACUUCCCCAAGUGCGCCUCUCUACUGCAAAUGCCGGAUCCCAGCUUAGCCUUUGAGGAGUUCUUCCAGUGUCUGUACAGCACAGCCAGAGGCCUCAAGACGCAAUUCGUCAUUGUCCCCAGCACCCGCGACGCCAUGCAUCCGGAGCCCCUUCCCCAGCCCCCCUACAAGCCCCUGACCGUGCAGAUGCAGCAGCAGAUGCAGCAACAGCAGCUGCUGCAGCAGCCAGUUAACGUACACCUGGCUGGAAACCCUUGCACCUUGCAAGUUAACGAACUUCAAGUCCUCAUCACCACCGCCGAUCCCUUGGCAGAAGUGGCAGGAGAGGUGCUGUCCCUAUCUCGGCCCCAGCAGCCACAACCAGCAGCAGUAGCAGCAGCUGCUGCUGCUGCAGAUCCUGCAGCAGCGAGAUCAGAUAACGAUGAAGGACUUUUGCAUCAGCUGUGCCGGAGCCUAGUCCGUCAGGGGACUCUGUUCCCUCGAGGCUGCAGCCCCCGCGUGCCCAUAGAUGCUUCGCGCAUGCAGGCAAUCAUGUUCAAGGAAGAUACAACUCCCGACGUAUUUGUAUUUGCCUCCUCCGUUUUGCCGCAGCUGCAGCCAAACAAACGGACGGGGCCCCUGGGGGUGCCUGGAGGGGCUGGGGCUUGUCUCGUUGACGGGCGGGUGUUCGUGUCGCCCUUCUCGAACGCUGCGGCCCUUGAGGGGUCUCUAACUGACACGGUAUCCGUGACCAGCUUGUAUGUCAAACCCCCAGCAGAGGCAGUAGGGGGCAGUCUGCAAGAAGACCUCUGCCUCGGUCAGCGCGUUGCCGUGACACAGACUGUCUAUACACCUCGCAACGCAUUGAAGAAGGGCCCUGCUGCUGGGAGCCUUCCCUAG